AUGCCACACACUGUCUCCCCCUCUGAGACUCCCGCCAUGCCGACCAUCGUCGCAAAGGGCCCCUCGGGCUCCCUUGAUGGCGCAUAUGCCUUGACCAACCUGCUCAUGCAGGGUGCCGGCUGUGCAGGCCUACUGAACUACAAUGUUCUCGCUAAUGUCCGCAAGGCUGCCUCCGAUAAGAAGAAUGGUGCGAAGCGCGAGAGUGCCAUGCUCAUUAUCGGUGCUUUGUUCGAGCGCUUCCCCCGAGAGUUCCCUCUCAGUGAAGUCGUUUUCCUCUUGCACGACGGAGGUAUCUUUGACAUUGCUCUGGAUGCCCUAUCUGACAAGGGUGCCGUUGUGCGCGAUGCUGCCCAGUACGCCAUCGAUGCGCUCUUCGGAUGUCUCAGCCCCGAGGCCAUGGUCAACGGUCUGAUUCCCGCCCUCGAGCGCUACCUGUCCAAGGGCUCUGGCAAGUGGCAAGGAUUUGUCGGUGCCUACUCGCUUAUCGAAAAGAUGGCGGUCAAGGCGCAGUUGGGCAAGGGUACCAAGGACGAGGAGCGCCAGAAGGACUUGCUGCGCGAAUCUAUGGGCAAGACCUUGAAGGAGCUCAUUCCCAUUGUUGAGUCCGGCAUGCACGACCUCAAGAGCGAAGUGGCCAAGCAGUCUUGCAAGACCAUGACUGCCCUGACCACCCUUCUGUCCAACGACGACGUUGCCCCCCACUAUGGAGAACCCCUCCGCUCAGACUCUCCAGAAGGCGAUUCACGCUCUGUCCCAGACCACCUUCGUCGCCAUCGUCACAUCCCCCGUGUUGGCCAUGCUCACCCCUCUGCUCGCCCGAUCCCUCAACACCCCUGCUACCCCCAAGAAACCCUUCGCCAGACUGUUGUCGUUGUGGAGAACUUGACCAAGCUGGUCCACGAUCCCGCCGAGGCUCGUACCUUCCUCCCCAAGCUCCAGCCUGGUGUGAAGUCGGUCAAGGAGACCGCCUCCCUGCCCGAGGUUCGUGAGCUCGCCACCCGUGCUCUCGACGUUAUCGAGACUGCCAUGGGAGACAGUCAUCUCGCCUCGGGUUCCAUCUCUAAGACCACCCCUGAGGAGGUCCUGGAUGUGCUGAAUGCAAAGAUUCAGGAGCACGGUGGUCUGGGUGGAUUUGGUGACUCCAAGCUGCAGGAUCUGGCCAAGAACUACAUUGCUGGUAUGGUCCGCGAGGAUAUCAACUCCCGCAUGCACGACCGUAUCCCCGACCGCAUUGACCCAUACCUCCGCGGUCUGCUUGCGGAUGGCAACACAGAGGCCGUUGCCACUGCUGUCCAAUCCCACUACAUUGCAGCGGAUGAAAUCAAGUUCGGCAAGCCCGCCCCCGAGGACCCCAACGAUGUUGAGAUUGUCAACGCCGACUUCUCUCUUGCUUACGGAGGUAUGCUCCUUCUGUCCCACACCAACCUGCGCCUCCUCAAGGGUCACCGAUACGGUCUCUGCGGUCGCAACGGUGCCGGCAAGUCUACCUUGAUGCGCAGUAUCGCCAAUGAGAAGCUGGAAGGCUUCCCGCCCCAGGAUGUGGUUCGCACUUGUUUCGUGGAGCACAACCAGGGUGAAGACGCCAACCUGACCAUCCUUGAGUAUGUUGCCAAGGACCCCAAGAUUGUUGCUCAGGGCAUGGAUCACAUUCGUGAGGUUCUACUCGAGUUCGGCUUCACUGAUGGCCCUGAGGGCCGCCAGUCCCAGCCCGUGGGCUCGCUGUCCGGUGGUUGGAAGAUGAAGCUGGCUUUGGCCCGUGCUAUGCUCCAGAAGGCUGAUGUUCUCCUGCUGGACGAACCUACUAACCACUUGGAUGUGGCAAACGUCAAGUGGCUGCAGGAGUACCUUCGGUCGCACACUGAGAUCACCAGUCUGAUCGUCAGUCACGACUCCGGUUUCCUCGAUGAAGUCUGCACAGAUAUCUACCACUACGAGAGCAAGAAGCUUGUCUGCUACAAGGGUAACCUUGCCGAAUUCGUCAAGCAGAAGCCUGAGGGCAAGAGUUACUACACUCUGUCCGCAUCCAAUGUGCAGUUCAAGUUCCCUCCCCCGACUCGUGCCAUUAUGCGCAUGAGCAACGUCUCAUACACCUAUCCUGGCGCCCCUCGCCCCUCGCUGCACGAUGCCUCGCUGUCGCUUACACUCUCCUCCCGUGUCGCUAUCAUUGGUGGAAACGGUGCCGGCAAAUCUACUUUCAUCAAGAUUCUGACUGGUGAGACCAUUCCCCAGGGAGGAAAGGUGGAGAAGCACCCCAACUUGCGUAUUGGUUACAUCAAACAGCACGCUCUGGAGCACGUGGAGAUGCACUUGGAGAAGACUCCCAGCCAGUACCUCCAGUGGCGUUACGCCAACGGUGACGAUCGUGAAGUGUUCCUGAAGCAAACCCGUAUUCUCACUGAAGAGGACAAGGCACAGCUGGAGAAGCCAGUUGACCUGGGUGACGGCCGCGGUGCCCGUCGUAUCGAGACCUUGAUUGGUCGUCAGAAGUGGAAGAAGUCCUUCCAGUAUGAGGUCAAGUGGGUUGGUCUUCUCCCCAAGCACAACACCAUGAUCUCGCGUGAGACCCUGCUUGAGCUCGGUUUCUUCAAGCUGGUUCAGGAGUUCGACGAUCACGAGGCUUCCCGUGAAGGUCUGGGCUUCCGUGUUCUUGACCCCAAGACCAUUACCAAGCACUUCGAGGACAUCGGUAUGGACCCCGAGAUCGCCAACCACAACGAGAUCUCCGGUCUUUCUGGUGGUCAGAAGGUCAAGGUCGUGCUUGCUGGUGCCAUGUGGAACAACCCCCAUCUGCUGGUCCUGGACGAGCCGACUAACUUCUUGGAUCGUGACUCGCUCGGUGGUCUGGCUGUUGCCAUCCGUGACUUCAAGGGUGGUGUUGUUAUGAUUUCUCACAACGAGGAGUUCGUGGGCGCCCUCUGCCCCGAGCAGCUGCACAUUGCCGAUGGCCGUGUUGUCAGCCGUACCAACAAUGCCGUCAGCCUCGACCGCUUCGAGGAUAGCGCUACCAACUCGCCUUCUGGCCCUGGUACCCCCGCUACUGGCUCGGCCGUUACCAGUGCUGCCCCAUCCGCCGUGAACUCUGGCGAUGAAGGCGACCUCAAGUUCCGCGCUAAGAAGAAGAAGAAGAUGACCCGUGCUCAGCAGAAGGAGCGUGAGACCCGCCGUCGUCUGCGCUACAUCGAAUGGUUGAACUCCCCCAAGGGUACCCCCAAGCCCGUGGACUCCGACGACGAAUAGACGUGCUUCCACGUGCUUCAACAUUAUGAUUCGUAAUCGCUGAGAGAAUAAUUCCGAUUAUAUCCUCGCAUCAUGAGCACCAUGUUAAUGUUUUGGUCUGCAUUGGAUCUGAUAGACGGUGUUUCGGCGUUUUGUUCUCCUAUUUUUCCGGCAUAGAUUUUGUUUAAGUGCCGUUUUCGCUAGUAUUGUACAUGUUUCCGACGGAUACCUUAGUGCAUCUACCAUGUCAAAGCAAA